GAAAGUCGAGUAAGAGUGAACUCAAAGUGUUCCACGCAACAGGGUAGCGGCUUGGGGCGGCCCAUCCAAUUCAUAUUCCACUACGUCACUGAGUCAUAACCUGUGGACAAUAGCGGCCUAUUGUGGCCAGGACGACUCCCUUGUGUCCCGCGGGAAUAUACAGCAGAUUCACAAUAGCUGUUGCUUCUGUUUCGUAUCAGUGUGUAUGUGUGUGUGUAGCAAACAGGACUGUUUAGAACGGUGGUGUCGUACCCAACACUUCGAUCGCGGGACACAACGCUGUGUGAGAGAGUCGUGCCAUCACUCUACGUACAGACAUGCUGUUAUUCCAGUCGGUAGCAGCGCGGUGUCUGUGGUCUUGCGUCCUGGCCGGCGUCUUCUGGCGAUCAGCAGCGCAAUUUCCGAGCCUACCAGAUCCCAAUGCUGCACAGUAUAACUGUCCAGAAGGCUGGACCUAUAACACAGGCUCUUGCUAUCGUCUGUUGAACAUAACACUGUCUAGGAAUAAUGCACAAGGAGCUUGUGCAAGGUAUGGUGCAAGGUUAGCAGAUGUACAAGGCUAUGGUGAGACCAGGUUUGUCAGCAGCCUGGUCAGUCAAGCAGGAGCAGAUGUAACAGAUGUUUGGAUUGGCUACAAGCUGGACAACAGUGAUGGCAGGUAUGCUGGCCAGUGGGCACCUAACCAGCCUAACCCUGACCUGUCAUGCACCAGUGUCAGUGUACAGGAAGCCCAGUGGUACACCAGACCAUGUCAGACAUCUUUGUUUGGUGUGUGUAAGGCUGACGCCUGUUUACAAGGCCAGUUCAGGUGUGUGAGUGGCAGGUGCAUCCCAGGUGCAGCCAGGUGUGACGGCACGCCCGACUGUGAGGACGGGACAGACGAAGUGAACUGUGCUGGCUGCGGGGGGACUCUGACAGGAACGUCUGGGACCAUCCAAAGUCCUGGUUAUCCACAGGAGUACAACACCUCCUUAGAUUGCCUCUGGAUCAUACAGACUGAAGAAGGACAACGUCUUAACCUGACAUUCAAGGACUUUGAGUUGGAAGAUGAACUGGACACGCUAACAAUCUCAAGUCAACCAUUCAGAGAGGAAACAUCGACGCUGCUUAGCGGUGACACCUCCAACCCUGGCAGUAUUGUUAUCUCCUCCAACAUUGCUCUGGUUAGGCUGCGUACGGACUGGAAUGGAGCUGCAAGGGGCUUCCAACUGGACUGGCAGGCUUUUGAAGUUGGUGGCUGUGGUGGACAGCUGACCGUGUCUCCAGAAGUGGAUAUUGCCCUCCCGGGUGCCCCUGGGCUGGACUGUGAGUGGGUCCUGUCUGCACCAGCUGGGGAUGUCAUCACUCUCACUCUGCAGAAUGGACAACUUGCAGGACACGACAGCUAUGUGGAGAUAUAUGAUGGAGAGUCAACCGCUGCCCCUUCCCUGGGAAAGUUUGGUGCAGGCCACAUCUCAGGAAUUGUCACUGGCACCAGUAACAAGAUGGCCGUCAAGAUGAUCACGUCCAAUGCCAAACAGCAAGGACUGACGGCCAGGGCUGUCACAGGCUGCCAGUUGACCCUGUCUGAUGUUGUCUACGGCAAACUCAGCAUUGGGACUGACCCGUACAAGUCUGGGGUGGACUGCACGUACACGGUCCAGUCCAGUCAGAGCCAGCCCUUACUGCUGUCACCAGGGGACAUUGAUGAGGGAGAUGUACUCCAGGUACAACCUGAUGAUGGUUCUGCUGUCAAUUACAACAACAACAACCUUCCCCCCUCCAUCCGCGCUGAAGGUGGUACCUUCCGUAUCAACUACGUCAGUGAAGGGAACCCGCUAAUGGCCACCUUUUCUGUGGAUUGCCCUGAUCCACAGACAGUACUGUCAGGUAGUACAGAGCCAGUGACCAUCGUAGGGAACAGCACAGAGUAUGGUGCGGUGGCUAAGCUGAGGUGCCGCGAUGGGUACGUGUCAGACCACUUCAAUGGAUCCCUCACACUGCAGUGUAGGAAUGGUGGAGUAUGGAAGGAGGUCAGCACUGCAAAACUGAUGGACAUGGCCAUACCAGAUGGUCUCUGUAAAGCGCUGGAUUGUGGAGAGCCCCCUGUCAUCCCUCAAGGGUACUACAUAAAGAGUGGGGAGACAAUGUUUAGGAGCUCCAUGACUUACACAUGCUUCUCAUCGGAGCUCAUGCUGAUCGGUGACAGCAACAUCACCUGUCUAGAAAGUGGACAAUGGUCCCAGCCUCCUCUAUGCCAGGACCCUGCCUGUGCACUCAGUGUCAGGGAUGGUACAUUGAUGGUGGAGAGAGGGGACCGGCGAGCGGACCAGUUCUCUAGUGGAGCAGUGGUCAAGGUCAAGUGUGAUCCUGGGUUUGAACCCAAUGGGACAGACGAAUCAUUCUGUCAACUUGGCACAUGGAAACACAACAAAGGAUCUGCACCACAGUGUAAAAGAAGGAAAUGUGCCAUGCCAUCAAUGGAAAACCUCGAUGUCAACCCUAUGGAUGAGUAUUACGCUGGGGACAUGGUCAUUUUCAACUGUUCAACUGGAUACAGCCCCAACUCCACUGAUAACCUCACCCUGACAUGCAAUAAUGAUGGCGUCUUUGUUGGAAGUUCCACCAACUGCACAGAUGUAGAUGAGUGCUCAGCUGGCCGCCACCAGUGCAGCGACAACACUGUGUGUGUGAAUACAGAAGGAAGCUACUGGUGUCAGUGCCUACCUGGAUACUACAAGGAUCAACCAAUGGACAGGAUGUGUGUUGAUAUGGAUGAAUGCGCUGUCAACAAUGGAGGCUGCAGUGAUACUUGCACCAACUUUGCCGGCGGACACAACUGCACCUGUACCAGGCCUGGCCACCAACUGUUCACCUUCAACGGACAGUAUGGAGUCAGUGUCAGGGAGGGAGAAACUGGAUACGAUGUAACAGAUAUACUCAGAUUCAACCAGAGCUGUGUCUCUGUUCCAUGCGGACCUUUACCCAACCUGACCAACGGAUUCUACAAUGAUUUCAAAUCAGGCUCGUAUUUCUACGGCGACAACAUCACAUACCACUGUGAGAAGGGUUACAUGAUGACUGGAGAUCCGACCUUUACCUGCGGAAUGGAGACAGAGAAUGACCUUCCCACCUGCAAUGUUGCCCUUUGCCCCACGCUGGAAACAAUCAAGAACGGGACAGUGAGUGCACCAACCCGCCCUGCAUAUGGCAGCAACGUAACCUACACGUGUGACGAAGGCUUUGUCCUGGUGGGCAGUGGUACCAGGUACUGUGACAACAUUGGUGCCGGGGACAACGUCACGUAUGGGUGGACUGGGAUGCAGCCCAUGUGUCACUUGGUAGACUGUCUGGGCCUGCCCCUCCCACCCGGUGGACUGUUGCUGAACACCAGCAGCCCCAACACCACCUACGGCAGCGUGCAGACGGUUGGCUGUCUGCCUGGUUUCCAGCUGCGGGGAGAUAAGCAGCACGUGUGUCAGGCCAGUGGGAGGUGGAGCGGCAAUGCCACGCGCUGUAUUCCCACAUCAUGCCCAGAUCCAGGCACCCCAGCGGGGGGACAGCAGGAUGUGAGUAACUACGAUGUCGGAACUGUGAUGACUUUCAGCUGUAACAGGACAGGCUAUGGACCGUCCCACUCCCAAGGACUGCUCUGCCAUCUACCAGAAGGUGCUGUGGAUCCAGUGUUUAAUGGCACCAUACCUGAAUGUGUUGAUGUGGAGCCACCAGAUUUUGGAGACUCUUGUCCCCCACAGAUCAGUGUGGACCUGGGACCAUAUGGAUUUCUGCCCACAGUUUUUUACCCUCCUAAUGCCACAGAUAACUCUGGAGAACAGAUACAGGUAAUUUCAGACCCUCCUGGGUUCUUUGGCAUUGACCUCCUACCAAACGACACUGAUGUCCUGAUGUUCAAGGCCACAGAUACGUCCAACAGGACAAGUGUGUGUGCUAUUCAGCUGGUCGUCAAUGAUGUUGUGCUACCGACCAUUGAAUGCCCCACAAACCAACCGGUCCCCUUCAAUGGGACAUCAGCAACGUACCAGCUGACUGCCAUUGCCACUGACAAUGUCCAGAUUGCCAGGAUCACGUACCAGCCUGCUGCAGAUGGAGUGAUUAGAUAUGGAGAAGUGGUGUACGUGCAGGCCACAGCAUACGACACGAGCAACAACAAUGCCUCCUGUGUCUUCACUGUCCAAGCCAGAGCUCCAGCCUGCUCUGAAGAUUCUCUGUACAUACCAGAGUCUGUGCAGAAGAACUACAUGGGACUUGUACAAGCAGACAACGUCUACAAGUACGAAGUGUCCUGUCCACAGUCCAUGGCAUUUGCAGAAGGAGACAUUGAGGAGACAACUCGCACCUACACCUGUACUGUAGAGGAUGGGUGGCAGAUAGAGGGUCGGACAGCCAGCUAUGUUCCAGGAUGCACAGACAAAACAGCUGCUGACCAGCAGAUGGGCUUCAUGGUCACCAUGGCAACAACCAAUGCGAACAUCCCGUCCGCCUGCGCGAGCCAUUACCAGACAUCCGUGAGCAGCUACAACAUCGAAGACAACCUACAGGCAAACCUUCAGCAGAAAUGUCGACAAAUCCCUGUUCCUGAUGUCACUGUGCUGCUCACAGGACACAGUGUGAGCCUUCAGCAAUCAGAUCUGACAAUCAAUUUCACCAUCCGAGUCAGCCCCAACUCUGCAAGCACGCCCGAGGAUCACGUGAUCUCCUGCCUGACGUCACUGCGUAAUACGAUAGCUGGCGUACCGGGGGCAGAGGUUCCUGAACCAAACACUUCUUACCGCUUCAGGACUUGGCUGGACAAUGUGCAGAGUGGAACAGUUGGAGGCACACAGUGCCCCAGCCUGACCCGUGCAGCGGCCCCAUCAGUGGCACCAGAGUACCUGAGGGACGGGGAUUCGCAGAGCGCUGCUGUCUGUAACAUAGGGGAGAGUCCUGUCAGUGGAUUCUGCUUGCCAUGUACACCUGGGACGUACCAGGCUGUCCUGAACGGCCCGUGCAUCAGCUGUCCCGCAGGGUCAUACCAGAACACCAGCAGGGCUGUCAGCUGUCACAGCUGCCCACCUGCCACCUGGACAGCCAGGCACAACAGCUGGUCCAGGGAUGCCUGCGUUGACACGUGUCCGAUGGGUCAGUACUCCACCACCAGAGUCUCUCCUUGUGACAGCUGUCCACGGGGAACAUACUCCGGUCAGCUGGGAACUGAGCGCUGCACCAACUGUCCUAACGGGACCACUACUUUGGAAGUUGGGCAGACGAGUAUAUAUGCUUGCAGACGUGGGUAA